UUCACCUCUUUUUGCAGUGGAUAUGGCAAAUUUCCCACAAUGCUUUGCCUACUGAACGUCGAAACAGCGUGAGGCGAAAUUUGGGCCAUCAACUUCGGGAAAACGUCUGUUUGGCACUCCUUCUGUAGUGCUGUGAGGAACUGUAUUCUGUGCCCAGCUGAGACUGCCAGCCAAUCAGGAUGUCUCUAGCAGACGAGCUCCUGGCUGAUCUGGAGGAGGAGGCUCCGGAGAAUGAGGAGAAGGAGAUCGAGGAUGUGGAGGAGGUUACCAUGGAGAUGGAGGUGAAGCAGGACGGGAUCGCCUCCAUCGCCAAGCUGCGGGAUUCGCAGCAGUUAAAACACAUCAUGGAACAGAUCGAUCACUACACAAGCAGCGGCUUCAGGGAUGAAAUGGUGGGACCAGUGGAAGCUGACCCAGAGUACCAGCUGAUUGUGGAAGCUAACAACCUCACUGUGGAGAUUGAGAAUGAGAUCAACAUCAUCCACAAGUUUGUCCGUGACAUCUACUCCAAAAGAUUUCCUGAGCUGGAGUCUCUGGUCCCCAUGGCACUGGACUACAUCAGGACUGUCAGGGAGAUUGGCAAUGAUCUAGAAAAGACAAAGAACAACGAAGUCCUCCCGACCAUCCUGACAAACGCUACCAUCAUGGUGGUCAGUGUCACCGCCUCCACCACUCAAGGGUCUAUCCUGUCCUCAGAUGACCUGAAUGACAUAAACGAGGCCUGUGACAUGGCCGUGGACCUGAACGCAGCCAAGCUGAAGAUCUAUGAGUACGUGGAGUCCAGAAUGUCCUUCAUCGCUCCAAACUUGUCCAUCAUUGUAGGGGCAUCAACAGCCGCCAAACUCAUGGGUGUGGCAGGAGGCCUGACUUCUCUCUCCAAGAUGCCGUCCUGUAACGUGCUGGUUCUGGGUGCCCAGAAGAGAACACUAGCUGGUUUCUCCUCCACUGCCAUCAUGCCCCACACCGGCUUCAUCUACUACAGUGAGCAGGUGCAGAAUAUGCCUGCGGAUCUAAGAAAAAAAGCUGCCCGUUUGGUAUCAGCCAAGUGCACCCUAGCAGCGCGGGUGGACAGUUUCCACGAGUCGGCCAGCGGCGUUGUCGGGAGCAACCUCAAGGACGAGAUACAGAAGAAGCUGGACAAGUGGCAGGAGCCUCCUCCCGUCAAACACGAGAAGCCGCUACCCGCGCCCAUCGAUCCCGGGAGGAAGAAGCGGGGAGGACGGCGGUACAGGAAGAUGAAGGAGAGGCUGGGGAUGACGGAGUUUAGAAAACAGGCCAACAGAAUGCAGUUUGCAGAGAUUGAAGAGGAUGCCUACCAGGACGACCUGGGCUUCUCAUUAGGUAUGGUUGGGAAGGGAGGAACAGGGAGAGUCCGUGGGCCACAGGUAGACAACAAGACACAGGUCAAGAUCUCCAAGACACUACAGAAAAACCUUCAGAAGCAGCAGGUGUAUGGAGGAAGAACAACGUACGCAGGAAAGAUUAGUUAUGGUGGGAGAACCUCUGUUAGAGGGCAGGUGUCAGGAACAGCCUCAAGUGUAGCCUUCACUCCACUACAGGGUCUGGAGAUUGUGAAUCCAAAUGCAGCGGAGAAGAAAAUGGGUGACAAGCAGGGAAAAUAUUUCUCCAGUACCACUGGCUUCGUCAAGGUGGAACAGGACAGCAUGGAGCAGUGAUGCUUACAGAAUGUUUAGGUUUUCUUUGCAUCGAGGACUC